AGUCGCUGCGCCUCGCCGCCUUGGUUACCGCGUGUCCUGCCCCUUCGACGUCAUCGCCGCGAGCCCGCUCGCUGCAGCUCGCGCGGCGGUGCCGAAGACCUGGGGCCCCGGGCGCCGCCCCUCCCCCAGGAACCACCAUGUUGGUGAUACCCCCCGGACUGAGCGAAGAGGAAGAGGCUCUACAGAAGAAAUUCAACAAACUCAAGAAAAAGAAAAAGGCAUUGCUAGCUCUGAAGAAGCAAAGCAGCAGCACAGCGAGCCAGGGUGGCGUCAAACGCUCCCUGUCAGAGCAGCCUGUAGUGGACACCGCCACAGCAACAGAGCAGGCCAAGCAGCUGGUGAAGUCAGGAGCCAUCAGUGCCAUCAAGGCCGAGACUAAGAACUCGGGCUUCAAACGCUCUCGAACCCUAGAGGGAAAGCUAAAGGACCCUGAGAAGGGACCUGUCCCCACUUUCCAGCCGUUCCAGAGGAGCAUAUCUGCUGACGAUGACCUCCAGGAGUCAUCCAGACGUCCCCAGAGGAAAUCUCUGUAUGAAAGCUUUGUGUCUUCCAGUGAUCGGCUCCGGGAACUAGGGCCAGAUGGAGAAGAAGCAGAGGGCCCUGGGGCUGGUGAUGGCCCACCUCGAGGCUUUGACUGGGGCUAUGAAGAACAUGGUGGUGCCCGCUCCUCUGCCUCCCCUCCCCGAAGCCGCAGCAGGGACCGAAGUCACGAGAGGAGUCGAGACCGAGAUCGCGACCGGGACAGAGACCGAGACAGAGAUCGGGAGCGGGACCGGGAGCGGGACCGGGAGCGGGACCGAGACCGAGAAGGUCCCUUCCGCAGGUCAGACUCAUUCCCUGAACGCCGGGCUCCUCGGAAAGGGAACACUCUGUAUGUGUAUGGUGAGGACAUGACGUCCGCUCUCCUCCGAGGGGCCUUCUCUCCUUUUGGAAACAUCAUUGACCUCUCCAUGGACCCACCCAGAAACUGUGCCUUUGUCACCUAUGAAAAGAUGGAGUCAGCAGAUCAAGCCGUUGCUGAGCUCAAUGGGACCCAGGUGGAAUCCGUACAGCUCAAAGUCAACAUAGCCCGCAAACAGCCCAUGCUGGAUGCUGCCACUGGCAAAUCUGUCUGGGGCUCCCUCGCCGUCCAGAACAGCCCUAAGGGCUGCCACCGGGACAAGAGGACCCAGAUUGUGUACAGUGACGAUCUGUAGGAAACCUUGUGGAUGGCUUCUAGGAAACGAAGCUGGAGUCCUUGUGCCUCACAUGCCCCGGUGCUGGUCUCAGUGAAACACUGGGGUGGAAGCUCACGCACCUCCCUUCAGCCUCUAGUUUUUCAGCACUUGGGAUGGGGUUAAGCCUUCCAGAGUGGCUGUCAGAGAUUCAUGUUACUUGUAACAACAUGCCCAAUGCACAUCCCCACUCCUUUACCCCAAAAAGAUGUGGAACACA